GGCGCGGCAGAAGGCGGCUGGCAGGGUGCGGAAGGAGGCCGCUUGUAGUGAAGAGACAGUAACGCGUCCUUCCUUUUCCGGUCAGGGCUGCGGCGGAGACGGGCUGGAGCACGAGACGCUCCGCCGCCGCCACCAUGGCUUGUGCUCGACCGUUAAUAUCCGUCUACUCUGAGAAGGGGGAAGCAUCAGGCAAAAAUGUCACCUUGCCUGCUGUGUUCAAGGCUCCCAUUCGCCCCGAUGUUGUGAACUUCGUUCACACCAAUUUGCGCAAGAACAACAGGCAGCCCUACGCUGUCAGUGAGCUUGCAGGUCAUCAGACCAGUGCCGAAUCUUGGGGUACUGGGAGAGCUGUUGCUCGUAUUCCUCGAGUACGAGGUGGUGGAACUCACCGCUCUGGCCAGGGUGCCUUUGGAAAUAUGUGUCGUGGAGGCCGCAUGUUUGCCCCAACCAAGACUUGGCGGCGCUGGCACCGUAGAGUGAAUACAACUCAAAAGCGUUAUGCCAUCUGUUCUGCUCUGGCAGCAUCUGCUCUUCCAGCACUGGUCAUGUCUAAAGGCCACCGCAUUGAGGAGAUUCCAGAACUUCCUCUGGUUGUUGAGGACAAAGUUGAGAGUUACAAGAAAACCAAGGAAGCUGUUCUCCUUCUUAAGAAGCUUAAAGCUUGGAACGACAUCAAAAAGGUUUAUGCCUCCCAGCGUAUGCGGGCCGGAAAGGGUAAAAUGAGGAAUCGCCGUCGCAUCCAGCGCAGGGGACCCUGCAUCAUCUACAACGAGGACAACGGUAUCAUUAGAGCUUUCCGGAAUAUCCCAGGAAUUACUCUUCUCGAUGUGAACAAGCUGAACCUGCUGAGACUUGCUCCUGGGGGCCACGUUGGGCGUUUCUGCAUUUGGACAGAAAGCGCCUUCCGAAAGCUGGAUGAUUUGUACGGCACCUGGCGCAAAGCUGCUACGCUGAAGAGCGACUAUAACCUGCCAAUGCAUAAGAUGACCAAUACGGACAUUGGAAGAAUCAUGAGAAGCCAGGAAAUCCAGAAGGCGCUGCGUGCUCCAAAGAAGAAGAUUCGCCGCAGAGUCCUGAAGAAGAAUCCACUGAAGAAUCUGAGAAUCAUGAUCAAGCUGAACCCCUAUGCCAAAACAAUGCGACGCAACACCAUUCUGCGCCACGCGCAAAAUCAUAAAAUUAAGGAAGAGAAGAAAGCCAAGGCCAAGCUCGCAGCCAAGGUCCCGGUGGAGCCUAAGGCAGACACCGCAGCCAAGACUGCUGCGAAGGCCAAGGCCGAAGCAUGAGCCCGGUGCAGUACUUUAUCCAUUUGAGCGCAGAAAACUGUACUGUGCAUUUACAACUAAUAAAUUUUAUUGGAACGGA